AUGGAUAAGAACUCGCAGCUGAGAGACAUGAACCUGUUCAGAGCCCCCGCCGCACGCGCGGCAAAGACGCUAGACAGGUCGGUCUUUGCAAAGACGCUCAACGCAGCCGCCGCGUCCAUCUCGGAGAACCGUCUGCUCUCCAAGUAUCGCAAGGAGCUUGAAAAGACCCAAGAGGUCUUGUUCAUGGAGAGGUUCAACCCUAUCCUGCCUGAUCCGGAUCCGUCGCUUGCUUCUCAGGGGAGAAAGUGCAUUGUGCUGUCUCCUCAGAUCAAGCCUGCCUCGCCAGAGACGUGGAGUCCGACUCUUCAAGAAGCAUCUAGACUUGGAGAGCUCAAGGUUGUUCCCUACGAUCUUGAAAUUACCUAUGAUUUCUGGAACUACUUGGAUGUAAUAAAGUCUAUCCUCCCAGAGGAACUUCACGGCGAGAUUCCAAGUGGUUUUAACACGGUAGGGCAUGUUGCCCAUCUCAACAUCCGGGACCAGUACCUACCGUACAAGAACAUCAUCGCCCAGGUACUUCUAGACAAGAACCCCCACAUCAAGACCGUCAUCAACAAGACCGAUAAUGUCGGCUCGGAGAAUGAGUUUCGAACCUUUGCUUACGAGGUCCUUGGCGGGCCUGACGACAUGAACGUCGAGGUGAGCGAGGCUGGCUGUACCUUCAGGUUCGACUACUCCAAAGUAUACUGGAACAGCAAGCUUGAUACAGAGCACAAGAGAAUCACAAGCUUGUUCAAACCUGGGGAGGUUGUGGCAGAUGUCAUGGCCGGCAUUGGACCGUUCGCCGUGCCCGCUGGUAAGAAGGGUGUCUUCGUCUGGGCCAACGACAAGAACCCCGAGAGUCAUCGCUAUCUCGAGGAUGCGAUCCAGAAGAACAAGGUCUCGGAAUUCGUCAAGCCCUUCAACUAUGAUGGGCAUGACUUCAUCCGCACAUCCGCAGACCUGGUCCUUGAGGCAUCCAAACGAGGUGAUUGUGCCGUCAUCAAGCCACCGAGGCCACCAAGGAAGUCUACAGCGCCGCCCCCGGAGCCAGUCCGGGUGCCCGUGCCUCCGACCAUCUCCCAUUUCGUCAUGAACCUCCCGGCGUCGGCCAUCGAGUUCCUCCACAACUACCGUGGCCUGUACCACGGCCACGAGGACCUCUUUGAGCCGCACACCGAGACCAAGCUCCCCAUUGUCCACGCCCACUGCUUCUCGGCCAAGACGGACGACGACACGCCGCUCAAGGACAUUUGUGAGCGGAUACACAAGGAGAUCGGCGUCAUGCUCAAGCCAGGCGAUGCUGAGAAAGAAGGUGAGGUGCUUAUCUACGACGUCCGCGACGUCGCGCCUGCGAAACGCAUGUUUUGCGCCUCGUUCCGGCUGCCGCGCGAGGUGGCCUUCGCCGCCAGGGCCUAG